UGUUUGUAUUUCACAGUAUCCAGGACAUUGCCAUCCUGUUUAACCUGAUCAUUAUUCUGUUGAUGCUGUUCAACACCUACGUGUUCCAGGUCGGUCUGGUGGCAAUACUCCUGGAGCGAUUCAGGACUCUGUUUAUACUCUCUGCUCUCUAUCUGACAUUCAGUGUCACACUCCAUUCCUGGCUUUUGAAUCUGCGUUGGAUGAAUACCAACAAGUUUGUUUGGACAAACAAACUACAGGUGCUCUUUGUAGUCCAAAGAACUGCUUCUGUGUUCUACUACUAUUUCUACAAAAGGACUGCAGAGUUUCUGGGUGACCCUCGCCUCUACGAGGAUUCACCAUGGCUGCGAGAAGUUUUUGCUCAAGUCAGACAAUGACCCCCUGCAGUGCACUGUAUCAAGCUUGUAAUUAUUACUUCUAGUAUGAGGAAGACUGCAGCAAAAAUGUAUUCUUUUUCAUAGCAGAGCAAAGUCAUUAUUUACCUUUACUGUAGGUGAGCAAAAUACAGUAUGGUAAUACAGUACAAGGUAUUUUCAAUUUUCUACACAAUUUAUACAUAAAUAAACUGAAUACUACAAUGAUAUGUUCACACUUUUUGAGAUUAUUUGUUUUGCCAUUCGUUAUAUUUAUAUAACUCUGUAUAAACUGUAUUUAAUUAAUUGUCUGGAGUAUCAGUAAAGCAGGAUGUUAUGGAGGACAGGUGUGAUUUAAUUUUAAAAAUAAAGUUUAAGGGAUGAGAUUAAAAAGUCGCUGAAGUUUUUUUUAAAAGCUCAGUUUCACUCUAAAGGCUGAUAAAAGGUUGACAGGAAAAGGCAAAUCCAUGUCAGGCUGAGCUGAUAGGAAAAUCCCUUGGCUGAAUACAUCUAAACCAAUUUUUUUUUAAAACAAAACAUUUAAACUUGU